AUGAAACAUGAUUACGAAUCAAAAAGUAAGCUGAUUGAAUUUUGUCGAACACAAUAUGCUGACAAUAUUCUUCAAUUGGGUUUAAUCGAUGAAUUUGAACAAGAAUAUAAUAAUGCUUUAGCCAUUGAAUGGUAUACAAAAGAAUCAUUUCUUUAUGUAAUGUUAAAUCGAGCUUUGCGAAAUCAAGAUAUUGAAACGAUCAUGAAAAUGGGAUUCUUUCUACAGGAUCUUCAUCAACGAAUUGCAGACAUGCAUAUUAAACAAUCUGAAAGUCGUGAUCAUAAUAAAUUCAUUGUUUAUCGAGGACAGGCUAUGAUAUCCGAUGAAAUAGAAAAGAUACAAGCGAGUCAAGGUGGUCUUCUCUCUUUCAAUAGUUUCUUGUCGACGACUCUCGAUGAAAAAGUUUCACUUCACUUCGCAGAACAAGCAUACAAAAAUCCAAAUGUUAUCGCAGUUUUAUUUCACAUGGAGAUUAAUCCAAAGAUCUCAUCGGUUCCAUUUGCUUUUAUUGACAAACAGAGUGCAUUUAAAUACGAGAGUGAAAUUCUUUUUUCUAUGCAUACCGUUUUUCGAAUUAUGGGCGCACAAAAACUUAAGGAGAGGUUUUGGCAAGUCAAUUUAGCCUCGACAAGUGAUAAUGAUGAACAACUCAAAAUGCUUACCGAUUACAUGAGAAAAGAGCUUGGAGAAGGUACUCCACUGAGCAAACUUGGCCAUCUAAUGCUUAAAAUGGGUGAGUUCGAUCAAGCUGAAGAAAUAUAUGCACCACAACUUGAUUCAACUGAUGAAAAGAAUUGGCGUAAACAUUUUCACCUAAAUCAUCAACUUGGAUACAUUUACAGUGAGAAGGGUGAUUUUAAGGCUGCACUUUUAUACUAUGAAAAGGCACUUAAAUAUGAACUAGAUUUUUUACCGCCUGACGAUCCUUCGCUUGCCACAACGUAUAAUAAUAUUGCUGGAGUGCAUGAAUCAUUGGGAGACUAUAGAUCUGCACUCUCAUCUUAUCAAAAAGCACUAGAAAUAAAAGAGAAAUCUCUUCCUUCCGAUGAUCCUACACUAGCUACAACAUACAGCAACAUUGGUUUAGUACAUAAAACUUUGGCAGACUUUACGAGUGCACUUUCAUUUUAUCAAAAGGCACUAGAAAUUCGACAGAAAACACUUCCACCUAAUCAUCCAGAUUUUGGACAUAUAUAUGGUAAUAUUGGUGGACUACAUCAAGACAUGGGAGACUAUUCAACUGCUCUCAAAUUUUACCAACAGGCACUCGAUAUUCAAGAAAAAUAUCUUCCUCCAAAGCAUCCAGAUUUAGCUUCAAGCUACGCUAAUUUUGGUUCUAUUCAUAGUACGAUGGGUGACAAGUCAAAAGCACUAGAAUAUUAUAUAAAGGCACGUGAUAUUCGAGAAUUAUCUCUUCCUAAAAAUCAUCCAGACAAAGCAAGCAGCUAUAAUUGUAUCGGCUCAGUAUAUAGUUCCAUGGACGAUUAUUCUAAUGCGCUUUCAUGUUUUGAAAAAGCGCUCGAAAUUCAAAAGCAAGCUUUUCCAGAAAAUCAUCCAGCUUUUGCUAAUACUUACAAUAACUUUGGUUCGGUCUAUAGUUCGAUGGAAGAUAAAUCAACUGCUCUAUCAUACUAUCAGAAAGCACUUGAAAUUCGAGAACUUUCACUACCUCCAAACCAUCCCGAUAUAGCUACUAGUUACAAUAACCUUGGUACAAUCUAUAGCGCCAUGGAAAAUAAUCAAAAAGCUUUAUCGUCCUAUGAAAAGUCACUUGAAAUCGAACGAAUUUCCCUUCCUUCAAACCAUCCGACAUUUGUUACUACAUACAAUAAUAUUGGUUUAGUUCAUCAAUCCUUGAAUGAUUAUCCUACUGCACUUUCUUUUUAUCAAAAAGCGUAUGAAAUCUGUAAAAAAAAUCCUCAACUCAGUGAGUCCGAUGAAGCUGCUAUGACUUACAACAAAAUUGGAUCAGCGCAUCAUGCAAUGGAAGAGUAUUCUACUGCUCUAUCAUUUUUCGAAAAGGCACUUGAAAUACAAAGUAAAUCUCUUAAUCCUAAGAAUCGUAGUUUGACUAUUACGUAUAGUAAUAUGGGUUUAGCCUAUCACGAGAUAAAUGAUUAUCAAAAGGCACUUUUAUAUUAUGAAAAAGCGCUUGAAAUUGAAAAAAAAUCACUUCCUGACGAUCAUCGUGAUUUGGCUACUUCAUACAGUAAUAUUGGAUUGGUAUACUGUUCGAUGAAAGACUAUGCAAAAGCACUUUCAUUUCAUGAGAAAGCACUUGUUAUUCGAGAGAAAAAAAUGUCUUCUGAUGAUUUAACGCUUGCUUCAACUUAUAGUAAUAUUGCUUCAACGUAUCAUGAGUUGAAUGAUUAUUUAAAUGCCGUCGAGUUUCAUAAGAAAGCAAUCGAAGUUCGGGAAAAGUCUUCGUCAGUAGAUAAUCUCCAAUUAGCAACCAACUAUAAUAACAUUGCUAUUGCCUACAAAUCUACGGGAGAUAAAACAAAUGCUCUUACAUUUUACGAAAAGGCACUUGCAAUUCGAGAAAAAAAACUGGCACCUGAUGAUCCAUCUUUGGCGACAAUCUAUACUAGCAUUGCAUCUCUACAUAAUUCGAUGAAUGAUUAUUCAAAGGCCAUCCAGUUUUAUAAGAAAUCAAUUGAGAUUCGCGAAAAAUCUUCGUCGACAGAUGAUUUGGAUUUAGCAACCAACUAUAAUAACAUUGCCGUUGCUUAUAGUUCAAUGGAUGAUAAAUCAAACGCUCUUCUUUUUUAUCAAAAGGCACUUGCGACUCGAUUAAGAAAGCUUCCAACCGAUGAUCCAUCUUUGGCAACAAUCUAUACUAGUAUUGCAUCUCUACAUUAUUCGAUGGAUGAUUAUCCAAAUACUAUCCUUUUCUAUAAGAAAGCAAUUGAGAUUCGCGAAAAAUCUUCGUCAACAGAUGAUCUCGAUUUAUCAACUAAUUAUAAUAACAUUGCUGUUGCUUAUAAAUCAAUAAACGAUAAACAAAAUGCUCUUACAUUUUACGAAAAAGCACUUACAAUUCGAGAAAAAAAGCUGCCACCUAACGAUCCAUCACUAGUUCCAUUAUAUAGUAGUAUUGGCUCAAUACAUUCAUCGAACGACGACAAAUCAGCUGCAGUUGAGUUUUAUGAGAAGUCACUUAAAAUUCAAGAAACAUUACCCUCACCUAAUUAUUCGUCAAUGUCAGUGAUGUAUUAUAAUACAGCAAUGGCUUAUCAAGGCCUUCAAAACUAUGAAGCAGCUCUCAAACAUGCCGAGCGUUCUGUCGAAACCGCUCGCUUAGCUUUUGGGCCUGACCAUUCGGAAGUGAAGGAAAAUCAAAUGCUGGUGGAUAGACUUCGUAAUAAACAAUGA